CGCAGAUCACAUGACAAGGGAGUAUAUAAAAUUGGUACUGCCUCUUCUCUACUAUAAACUUACAGUUUCGUAUCAGAGUGUGCUACUUAGGAAUUAGUGGUUUCUCGUUUGGCUGCAAAAGAGCGUUGACACUUCGGGAAUCAUGACAGCAGAUCAAGCCUUCGUUACGUUAGUCACGAAUGAUGUCUAUUGCAAAGGAGCCUUGGUUCUGGGGACAACACUGCGGAACCACAAAACGUCAAGAAAGCUGGUGGUGCUUGCGACUCCUCAGGUGUCUCAGUCCAUGAGGGCAGUGCUUCAGAAGAUCUAUGAUGAGGUUAGGUUAGUGGACGUGUUAGACAGUGGAGAUUCUGCGCAUUUGACCCUCAUGAAGAGACCUGAACUGGGCGUUACUUUGACUAAACUCCACUGCUGGACAUUGACGCACUACUCUAAAUGUGUUUUUAUGGAUGCAGACACAAUGGUUGUAUCAAAUAUCGAUGAGCUCUUUGAGCGGGAAGAGUUGUCUGCUGCACCAGAUCCUGGCUGGCCAGACUGUUUCAAUUCUGGUGUGUUUGUGUUUCGGCCCUCUAAGGAAACUUAUGAUCAACUCUUAACAUUCUGUUCAGAGAAGGGGAGUUUUGAUGGAGGGGACCAGGGAAUUCUGAACAGCUUCUUCAGCAACUGGGCUACAGCAGACAUUUCCAAGCAUCUUCCCUUUAUUUACAAUCUAAGCAGUAUAGCGAUCUACUCUUAUCUUCCAGCAUUUAAGCAGUAUGGUAGCAAUGCCAAGGUGGUCCAUUUCCUGGGAAGAGUUAAGCCAUGGAAUUACAGUUAUGACUCAAAGACAAAAAGUGUCCAUGGUGACUUCCAGGAGUCGUCUACACUCCAUCCAGACUUCCUGGCUAUGUGGUGGAGCAUCUUCUCCACCUCUGUAAUCCCCUUGCUUACAGAGAAAGGAGUUUUGAAGCCAUCAGAGACUGGAUGCCAAGCGCUCUCAGACUUGGUCUGUACUCUGGCAUUAUCUUGUGGCUUCUGUUCAGAGGAUGCAAUAACUGAGGGAGUGUCCCAAAUUCGAGUCACUCCCUCCCCUCCACCCAUUUCCUCCGAGGAACGGAAGCAGAGGUGGGAACAGGGGCAAGCAGACUACAUGGGAGAGGACUCUUUUGAAAAUAUACAGAAGAAGCUCGACUCCUUCUUAAAGUAAAAUACACUGAAAAAUGAAACGAAGAGUUGCAGUUAUACAGAUUGAUUCCAAAAGGAUAGUAAAGCACACUCAGAACAUGGUCCACAUUCUUUUGCUACAGAGAGAACGUUCAUUGAAAGUUACACAAAUAUAGAAUACAGAGAAAUGGUAGAAUGUGUAUGCAAUAUGGAAUCCUUCCCCCAAAUCUGGUAUCCUUAACUCCCAUCGAAGCUCAUCAAUAGUGGUGUCGGCACUGUUGCAAGAAUUUUUUAUUUAUUUAAAAACUAUAGUACAGUAGGUCAAUGCCUUAACCUAGUAUUAUACAGCAUGAGUUUAGAAGCCCGUCUCUUUAAUCAAACAUAUGGCACAUGUUGCUCUGUGAAGAAAGUCCACAAAACGCUUACCAACAUAGGAAACGAGGCUUGCAAAAAAAUGUUGCAAUUCUGAAGUUUAACGGUCAUGCUAACUCAAUAAAUUGCCAAGUUUGUCAACUCUAUUUCCUACUUUUCCAUAACUCCCCUGCUUAUAGAGGGGUGUUUUUUUUUACUUUGUGGCUGAAAUAUAGACUUAUAAAUUAAUUGUAGAUACUGAAAAUAUCAAGUCAUUUUAGAAUGGCUAUGAAUGUUUUAUCCUGAUAUUUUAAUGAUACUGAUCUGGUAUACCCAGAUCUCUCAACCCAUGAAAACGUGAACAGUCUCUAGGACCUCUCUGUAUAUAUUUUGCAUGUCUGUUACUGAGAUGUUAUUAAGGAGCAUUUCUAAUAGCACUUAACAAUUAAAUACAUCAACCCGAGUAAACUUUCCUACAUACAAUAGUUUUAUGAGAUCGUCUUUUUUUCUGUCGCUUCUAAGUCCCUGGGAGCAAACUUUACUCGGCCUUAGCUUAAUAUACUGUACUGUUUACAAAAACACCACUGCACUGAGACUGCUGCUGUAACUGAAGUUUCAUGCUUGUAUAUUGUUCUGGCCCUUUGAACAGUGGUAACACUCCAGUAGUUUCAAAAGGCUGUCUGCUCCAUUGUGGGGAGCCUUAACAAAGCACGAGUAUUUUGCUUCUUGUGGUCUCUGCAUAUAUAAUCGCACACUGAUGCCUCUGUGAAAUUAGAAAAGUGUCGAAUUCACUGCUGGGAUAACUAAACUGCUGAAACAUUUUUCUGUACCAUUGCACUUUAUCUGCAAAAUAAAAGUAGUGAUGUGAAAAAGAAUACUUUUUGUUUUUAGGAUGGGGGAAGAAUAUACUAAACCAAAUGCAAGUAUCCCAGCACUAGUUUUACUUGAAAUAUUUUUUUUACCCCCUAAGCAAAAUGGAUUUUACAGUUUUCACUUGCUGCUUUCUUUGUUUCAUAGGUGUGCUUACAGAAAACCAAAAUACCUUUUGUUUCUAACACUCUA